AUGAUUACCGACGACCAACUCUACCAACUCGCCAUCUUCCUGGGCAGUGUCAGCAUGCUCCUGAUCGUCCUCUACCACUUCCUCGAAGUCAAUGCCGAAAACGACGACAAGACUCCUCUGUCCGCCGAGCGCAAAGCAGACACUGUGCCUGGCGCGAAGCCCGCGUUUGACGGAGUUUCAUAA